ACAAGACGACUGUGGCAACAAGUUAAUCACGCUCUCCUGUGAUUUUUUUUUGUCCAUCUCUGGGAAAUACUCAAUCGAAAGAAGAAAACACAUUUGACUUAGUCAAGUAUACACAUGUGUCCUUCAAUCACCUUACUCGGGAGAAAGCAACAUCAAGACGUGCCUAGCGAUUAUUGUCUUUAUCUGCCUUGGAUGAAAAACGAAUGUCCUUUCUAUUGAAGGAGGCUAGCCGGUCGCUCUGAAUGUGCAGGAUGAAAAGAUGGCACAGCUGCUUGUACCUCCAGGACCAGACAGCUUCCGGCUGUUUUGUCGUGAGUCCCUUGAUGCCAUCGAGAGGCGGAUCGCUGAGGAGAAUGCCAAGAAACCCAAGGGGAAGCCCAAUGACGAUGGCGACAACGGACCCAAGCCCAGCAGUGACCUGGAGGCAGGCAAAUCACUGCCACUCAUAUACGGGGACAUUCCCAAAGGAUUGGUGUCCAAACCACUGGAGGACCUGGACACCUUCUACAGCAACCAGAAAACCUUUAUAGUAUUGAACCGAGGGAAGGCCAUCUUCCGCUUCAACGCCACUCCUGCCUUGUAUGUCUUAAGCCCCUUCAACCCUCUUAGAAGAAUAUCAAUUAAGGUUUUGGUUCACUCAUUGUUCAGCAUGGUAAUCAUGUUCACCAUCCUUACCAACUGUGCGUUUAUGACCCUGAGUCAGCCCCCGGACUGGGCAAAGAAUAUAGAGUACACAUUCACUGGAAUUUAUACAUUUGAGUCUCUUAUAAAAAUAUUGGCAAGGGGCUUCUGUGUUGGGAAGUUCACCUUUCUACGAGAUCCAUGGAACUGGUUGGAUUUCUGUGUCAUUGUCAUGGCAUAUGUCACAUCGUUUGUGGACCUGGGCAACGUGUCAGCACUGAGAACGUUCAGGGUUCUCCGAGCACUGAAAACGAUAUCGGUCAUCCCAGGCCUCAAGACCAUUGUGGGAGCGCUGAUCCAGUCAGUGAAGAAACUGUCAGACGUGAUGAUCCUCACUGUAUUCUGCCUAAGUGUCUUUGCCCUGGUAGGGCUGCAGCUGUUUAUGGGCAAUUUAAGAAACAAAUGUUUAAGGAUCCGUCCUAACUCAACCAACCUCUUGAAUGAUACAUUGGACUUUAAUGGGAAGGAGUAUAUUGAUGGGGACUUUAACGAGACCGUCCCGUUCAACUGGACCAAUUACACUAAUAAUCCUGAUAAUUAUUACUACCUCCCAGGUAAAAGGGAUGCUUUGCUUUGUGGAAAUGGCAGUGGUGCUGGGCUGUGUCCAGAGGGAUUCUGGUGCGUCAAAGCGGGCCGGAACCCAGACUUCGGCUACACCAGCUUUGACACGUUCAGCUGGGCCUUCCUGUCUCUGUUCAGACUGAUGACUCAGGACUACUGGGAGAACCUCUACCAGCAGACCCUGCGGGCUGCUGGGAAGCCGUAUAUGAUCUUCUUUGUGCUGGUCAUCUUCCUGGGCUCCUUCUACCUGAUCAACCUGAUCCUGGCUGUGGUUGCCAUGGCGUACGACGAGCAGAACCAGGCCACCAUGGAAGAGGCUCAGAAGAAGGAGGAGGAGUUCCAGGCCAUGCUGGAGCAGCUGAGAAGACAGCAGGAGGAUGCACAGGCGGCGGCAACGGUGAUGGCGGCUGAGAGUGGGGAGUUCAGUGAGAGAGGCGACCUCACUGAGUCCUCCUCAGAGGCCUCCAAACUCAGCUCCAAGAGCGCGAAAGAGAGGCGCAACAGGCGCAAGAAGAGGAAGAAGAGGGAGGAGGAGGAGAGAGAGGACAAUGACAAGUGUCACAGGUCUGAGUCCGAAAGCAGUAUGAAAAAGAGUCACUUCCGCUUCUCCAUGGAUGCCUCUAACCUGCACAACUAUGACAUGAGCUGUUCAACACCAUACCAGUCCUUCCUGAGUAUCCGCGGACCCCUGUUCUCGUCCAGACGGAACAGCCAGGCUAGCCUCUACAGCUUCCGGGACCGUGCGCGGGACAUAGGCUCGGAGAACGACUUUGCCGACGAUGAGAACAGCACUUUCGAGGACAACGACAGUUGCCGGGGCUCUCUGUUUGUCCCUCGGUGGAGCGACCGGCGCUCCAGCAACGUGAGCCAGAACAGCAUGCCAUCACACUUCAUGCUGCCAGCAAAUGGGAAGAUGCACAGCUCCGUCGACUGCAACGGGGUGGUGUCCCUAGUGGGCGGGGCUUCACUCCCCAAGUCACCUGAGGGACUCCUUCUGCCAGAGGAAAACUCUACGGAGACAGAGUAUAGAAAGGCCCGAUGUGGAUCGUACCAGGCCUCUAUGGACUUCCUGGAAGACCCAGUUGCCAGGCAGAGGGCGCUCAGUGUAGCUAGUGUUAUAACCAACACUAUGGAAGAACUUGAAGAAUCGAGACAGAAGUGCCCUCCUUGCUGGUACAAGUUUGCCAACACCUUCCUCAUCUGGGACUGUUGUCCGAAGUGGCUGAGGAUCAAGAAAAUAGUCAAGAUGAUCGUGAUGGACCCGUUUGUAGACCUAGCUAUCACCAUAUGUAUUGUUAUGAACACAGUGUUCAUGGCUAUGGAGCAUUACCAAAUGUCUGGGGAGUUCAACACCAUGCUUUAUGUGGGAAACCUGGUGUUCACGGGUAUCUUCACAGCUGAGAUGUGUUUCAAGAUUAUUGCUUUGGAUCCGUACAUUUAUUUUCAGGAAGGCUGGAAUAUAUUUGAUGGUAUCAUUGUCAGUUUGAGCUUGAUGGAGCUUGGCUUGGCCAACGUGUCUGGAAUGUCUGUCCUCAGAUCAUUCCGAUUGCUGAGAGUAUUCAAACUGGCCAAGUCUUGGCCCACACUGAACAAGCUGAUCAAGAUCAUUGGUAACUCAGUGGGGGCCUUGGGUAAUCUCACCCUCGUACUGGCCAUCAUUGUCUUCAUCUUCGCCGUGGUGGGCAUGCAGCUUUUUGGGAAGAGCUACAGAGACUGUGUGUGUAAGAUCUCUACAGACUGCACACUGCCCCGGUGGCACAUGCAUGACUUCUUCCACUCCUUCCUGAUUGUGUUCCGGGUGCUGUGUGGGGAGUGGAUCGAGACCAUGUGGGACUGUAUGGAGGUGGCUGGUCAGAGCAUGUGUCUCAUCGUCUUCCUGAUGGUCAUGGUCAUCGGGAACCUAGUGGUCCUGAAUCUGUUCCUGGCCUUGCUGCUGAGCUCGUUCAGUGCUGAUAACCUGGCGGCCACGGAUGAUGACAGCGAGAUGAACAAUCUGACGGUGGCCAUAGACCGCAUCCACCAGGGCGUCGCCUUCGUCAAGGCCUUGGUGCGCCGCUCUUUCCAAAGCAUCUGUCUGAGGAAGAAGAAGAGGAGCCUGAACGAGGACACGACCCUGGAUGACCUCCACAAAACCAUGGGGACCAACUGGAACUCCAACCACACCACUGUGGAGAUCAUGAAAGACCCCGAUUGCAUAAAGGAUGGCAAUGGCGCCACCAGUGGGUUGGGAGUGGGGGUGUGCAGCAAUGCAGCAGGGAAGUACAUAAUGAAUGACAACACUGACUAUAUGCCAUUCAUCCACAACGCCAGCCUGACCGUCACAGUGCCCAUCGCUGUGGGAGAGUCGGACCUCAACACUGAGGACUUCAGCAGCGAUUCCUCGGACAUAGAGGAAAGCAAAGAGCAGCUAUCUGAAGACCAUCCGCUGAGCUCCUCAGAGGGCAGUACAGUGGACAUUAGGCCCCCAGGAGAGGGAGAGGGCUCGGUGGGCAUGGAGCCUGAGGAGUCCAUGGAACCUGAAGGCUGCUUCACUGAUGGAUGUGUCCGCAGAUUCCAAUGCUGCCAAGUGAACGUUGAUGAGGCCAAGUGGAAGAUGUGGUGGACGUUGAGAAAAACUUGUUUCAGGAUAGUGGAGCACAACUGGUUUGAGAGCUUUAUCAUCUUCAUGAUCCUGCUCAGCAGUGGAGCGCUGGCAUUUGAGGACAUCUACAUCGAAAAGAGGAAGACCAUUAAGACGGUGUUGGAGUUUGCAGACAAAGUCUUCACUCACAUCUUCAUCCUGGAGAUGUUGCUGAAGUGGGUGGCCUAUGGAUUCGCCAAAUACUUUACCAACGCUUGGUGCUGGCUGGACUUCCUCAUUGUCGACGUGUCUCUUGUCAGCCUUGUGGCCAACGCCCUGGGCUACGCUGAGCUGAGUGCCAUCAAGUCCCUGAGGACUCUACGAGCACUGAGGCCCCUGAGAGCACUGUCCCGCUUCGAGGGCAUGAGGGUGGUGGUCAACGCUCUGCUCGGAGCCAUCCCCUCCAUCUUCAAUGUGCUGCUGGUCUGCCUCAUCUUCUGGCUCAUCUUCAGCAUCAUGGGCGUUAACCUGUUUGCAGGGAAAUACUACCAUUGUGUCAACAUCACCACACAGGAGCGCUUCAAAGUUAGAGACGUAGCUAACAAGACAGAAUGUUUGGCUUUGGAAGGUGCCUACUGGAAGAAUGUCAAGAUCAACUUUGAUAACGUGGGAGCAGGCUAUCUGGCACUGUUACAAGUGGCUACAUUCAAAGGCUGGAUGGACAUCAUGUAUGCAGCUGUGGACUCUCGCAAUUUGGAAGAUCAACCCGACUAUGAAGUUAAUCUGUACAUGUAUAUGUACUUUGUGGUAUUCAUCAUAUUUGGAUCCUUCUUUACACUCAACCUCUUCAUUGGUGUCAUUAUAGACAACUUCAAUCAGCAAAAGAAAAAGUUUGGAGGUCAAGACAUCUUCAUGACAGAGGAACAGAAGAAAUACUACAAUGCUAUGAAGAAGCUUGGCUCAAAGAAACCCCAAAAGCCUAUCCCAAGGCCAGCGAACAAGUUUCAAGGAUAUGUCUUUGAUUUCAUUACAAAGCAAGCUUUCGACAUUGUCAUCAUGAUUCUCAUAUGCCUUAAUAUGGUCACCAUGAUGGUGGAGACGGACGACCAGACGGACGACAUGGAUGGAAUUCUCUAUAAGAUCAACCUGGUGUUUAUUGUCAUGUUUACCGGAGAGUGUAUUCUGAAGAUGUUCUCACUCCGCCAAUACUACUUCACCAUUGGGUGGAAUGUAUUUGACUUUAUUGUUGUUAUCCUGUCGAUAAUUGGUAUGUUUCUGUCUGAACUGAUAGAGAAGUACUUUGUUUCACCAACCUUAUUCCGAGUCAUUCGACUGGCCCGGAUUGGUCGCAUCCUUCGCCUCAUCAAGAGUGCCAAGGGAAUCCGUACACUCUUGUUUGCUUUGAUGAUGUCACUUCCUGCCUUGUUCAAUAUUGGUCUCCUGCUCUUCUUAGUGAUGUUUAUCUAUGCCAUCUUUGGAAUGUCAAACUUUGCAUACGUCAGGAAGGAGUCUGGGAUUGAUGACAUGUUCAACUUUGAGACAUUUGGCAACAGCAUGAUUUGCCUGUUCCAGAUCACCACGUCAGCUGGCUGGGAUGGCCUGCUGGCACCCAUCCUAAACAAGAGAGAGCCAGACUGUGACAGUCGAAAAGAGCACCCAGGCAGCAAGUACAAGGGGGGAGACUGUGGGAAUCCCCCUGUAGCCAUUAUCUUCUUUGUGAGCUACAUCAUAAUCUGUUUCCUCAUUGUGGUCAACAUGUACAUUGCUGUCAUCCUGGAGAACUUCAGUGUGGCCACUGAGGAGAGCGCUGAGCCCCUGAGCGAGGAUGACUUUGAGAUGUUCUACGAGGUCUGGGAGAAGUUUGAUGCACGGGCCACCCAGUUCAUGGAGUAUGAGAAGCUGUCUGACUUCGCUGAUGCCUUGGACCCCCCGCUACGCAUUUCUAAGCCCAACAAGAUCCAGUUGAUCUACAUGGAUUUGCCCAUGGUGAGUGGGGAGCGCAUCCACUGCCUGGACAUCCUGUUUGCCUUCACCAAGCGCGUCCUGGGUGAGGGCGAAGGCUUGGACAUCCUCCGUGGUCAAAUGGAGGAGCGCUUUAUGGCCUCCAACCCCUCCAAGGUGUCCUACGAACCAAUCACCACCACGCUACGGCGUAAACAAGAGGACAUGUCUGCCCUGAUAAUUCAGAGAGCUUUCAGACGAUAUCUGCUCAGACGUAUUGUUAAACGGGCCUCUGCCAUGUACAAAGAGAAGAUGCUCCUUGAUAAAGAGGUUCUCGUCAUAGACAAAUUUAACGAGAUCUCCACCUCAGACAGAACUGACAUGACAUACUCCACAGGCUCUCCCCCAUCAUACGACAGUGUCACAAAACCAGAGAAAAACAAAUAUGAAAAAGUCAAGAGAGAGAAGGAGGUGAAGAAGAAAAAGAAGUGAGCGGAUGUUGGGGAGAUGCAACGUAGACGUCUCAUUUCGUGACAAAUUGUUUACAGCCUUUUGAAGGUGACUAAUGUGUCAAGUGGACCUUCUUCUUUGGCGUGGAUACCUAAUGCCAAACUGACAACGCUUACUUGAGUCUAAAUGAAAGGUUGGCGUCUUUUAACUAGGUAGUGACUCACAUUCUUAGGCUGUCAGGUGACCCAUUGUUCAGAUCAAUAUUUUUUUUUUAAAUAGCUGCCCGCCGACAGGUAGAAAAAUGUGUUAUGGGUGUUGUUCCGAUCGGAAACAUUUAGUUAUGUUGUGCCCUGUAACUUCCCUUGCAGCCGGUACUACCAAGGCUGCAUCCAGUGUCUUGCAUUAUAGCUGCCAUAUGAUUUACUGACUUCUUUUUCUUACAGAAUCUUGUUUUUAAUCAUAGGUUGAUUGUGUGACUGUACUUUUUUGUAAACAGUUUUUUUUUCUGCAAAAAGAGGAGUUUCAUUUAUUGCUUUAAUGGUAGUCUUGUUCACUUUAAAUGUUCAUGCGACUUGACUACUCACGGCGAGCAUUAUUGCUGCAGUGCAGUUAGGGGGAUUUCUGCAGUUCGAUCUAAAUGUAGACCUGCAUGAAGGCACUAAAUUGUUUUUCAUACUCUGAUGAAUCGGCAACAUUAUUACAUGUUUACUCACACUAUUAUAAAUCAACAAGAACAUGUCUCCAGAGCAUACAUGUCUCCAGAGCAUACAGUCCAAAUACCAUUACCACCAAUGAUCAUCCACAGUCAGUUUCAGAACAAUAACAUGGGCUAUAAUGCCAAACGCCAUCUAGUAACACAUACUUAGUUUUCCUGCGUUCAUUCAUCAGAAUCUACCGUACUAUACAGAAUACAUGAAUCUUUACAGCUGGUUCACAGAGUUGAUACCCAUAGUAUUCAUUAUCCAUCUCUUCUGUCCAGCUUGUACCUCCAUGGCUUCAAACACAUGUCUAUCUUGCCUUUUGUCUUCACAGUGGUGGAUGCUAAAACGAGCCAACGUCCCCUGCACAGUAUAGUUGUGUAAGUCACCAAGCCUCUGACAAGAGAAACACUGUAUUCUGUAACACAUGUGCUCAUCACAUUCUAGCGUCAUGACUUUUUUUUGCCACUGCAACAUCACUGGUCAGUGCUAGAAAACGUCCUUGUCUUUUUACCAAAUCCAAGUUCAUUUGUGUGCACCUUUCCUUCCUCACUUCCCAAAUAGUUUUCCAUUGUUAUUGAUGUAUCUGUAUGUACACAUUCUAUAAUAUAUUAAAUAUACAAACAUAUUUGAUAUAUUAGGUGGUAGUUUUCAUGUAUAAUGGAAUAUAUGAAGUUGUUAGUGUUAUUUAGUACAUAUAAAUGUAUAUAUUGCGCUCUGCAUUCUCUGCUCUAUAUGGCAGACAGACCAGAGUAUGAUGCAUCCUGCUGAGGCUGUGAGGUGAUUGUGUUUAGAUUUCACUCAAUGUCUAUAUAAAUACUGUAAUAUAAUACUUUUUCUUUGUACUAUAUAACCCCUUUGUAAACAAUUUUGCUACACAAUAUGGCUACACUGUCUGCACCAUAGCCACUUUAGUUAUUUCAGCUUCACUGCACUUUUUCAUUCUGAAACUCCCCAUGUGAUCUCGUGAAGGGGAAGUGGACUUCUCGUUUCGAUUUUUGCCAUUUUUUUAUCAUGUGUCAUUUGUAAACUGUGGUCACAGCUUACCUCACAUGCUUUAUCAUAAUAAAUAUCUAAGAUGGAACGUCAGGUUCAGGGAAUUCUGAAUGUGAUUGUCUCAAGGCUAGUGUGACUGCACACGUCUUCGAUUGUUUCCUGCAUUUGUUUACAUUUGUAUAGUUAUUCAAUUCUUCAGGAUGUUACUUUUGCCAGCUGUUCACUCUGUAUAAUAUGUCACAAGUAUCUGUAAUUAAAAUGUUAUAAAGUAUA